AUGGCCGAUACUAUUAAAUACAUUAAAGAGGAUGGAAAGCCUGAUUUAUCCAGAGCUUCCAUCGUAGACUACUUCAAAACCAGGGCUUCAACCUUAUUUGACCUCCCUAUGAACAGGGAUGACACUCCAGUAUGGAAAAGAUUGAAUCCGGUUCCUGGUUUGAGUGAAAUGACAUGGACUAAUUGGAGUUUCUAUGGGUUGGGUUUUUUUGCAUGGGUUGUUGAUUCUAUGGAUUUCUUCUGUGUAUCUGCAUCUGCUUCAGAAAUGGCUCAUACGUUGGGUGUUGACAUUACCGAAAUAACCUGGGGUGUUACUUUGGUAUUAAUGUUGAGAUCUGUUGGUGCAGUCAUUUUUGGUAUUUUAUCUGAUCGCUAUGGUAGAAAAUGGCCUUUUAUUGCUUGUUGUUUACUUUUCGUUGUUUUGGAAAUCGGUACUGGGUUUGUUCAAACUUAUCAACAAUUCUUGGGUGUAAGGGCCAUCUUUGGUAUAGCUAUGGGUGGUAUGUAUGGUAAUGCUGCUGCUACUGCUUUAGAAGACCAGCCAGAAAAGGCUAGAUCAAUUUUGUCCGGUUUAUUUUUACCUGGAUAUAACUUCGGUUACUUAUUAGCCGUUGUCUUCUUCAGAGCUUUUGAAGGUACAUAUAAAGGUGACCAAGGUUGGAGAGCGUUAUUCUGGUUUUCGGCUGGAUUACCACUCAUCUUGAUUUGUUGGAGAUUAUGCCACGGUGAAUCUGCAGCUUUUACUAAGUUAAAAGAGAAGCGUAGAUUAGAAGCUAAUAAGGAUUUAGAGCAUAACAGCUCAGUUAAGAAAUUGAAGACACAAGUACGCCUGGUUUUCAGAACUGAAUGGCUUAUGUUUAUUUAUUUAGUUAUUUUGAUGUCCGGUUACAACUUCAUGUCACACGGAUCCCAAGAUUUAUAUCCAACCUUAUUGGUAAAGCAACAUAAUGUUGGACCAGAUAAAAAGACGGUUCUUAUGGUGGUUGUUAAUUUAGGUGCAAUGGCUGGUGGUCUUUUCUUCGGUCAAAUGACAGAAUUAUUGGGAAGAAGAUUAACUAUAAUUAUGUGCUGCAUAAUGGGAGGUGCUUUUAUUUAUCCAUCGUUCUUCUCUAACAAUUUGGAUACUAUGACAGGGGGUUACUUCUUCCUCUGUUUUGCAACAAUGGGGGCAUGGGGUGUAGCACCAUUACAUCUUAUGGAAUUAGUCAAUAAAGAUAAUCGUGUGUUCUUGAGUGGUAUAGUAUAUCAAUUAGGUAAUCUUGCCAGUUCUGCUUCUUCUACUAUCGAGGCACAGAUCGGAACCAGAUUCCCAUUAGAUAAGAAUGAUCCUACAUCAGAUGCAUACGACUAUGGUAAGGUCAUGGGUAUCUUCUGUGCUGCCGUUUAUGCCUUUAUGAUUGUUGCUAUUUUCUUCGGCCCAGAAAGGUUCCAUAGAGCAUUGAUAUCACCAGAUGAUGAAAUUGAGGAAGUGCAAGAUGUGGACGAUAAUUCAAGCAUCAACCUGCUGUUCAAGCAAAAGCCUGAAGUUAUUCAUAAGGAUACACUGGUAUUUAUAGAUGUUUCAAAGGUAAACUAG